AUGGUCCAGCGCCUUGGCUGCUGCCUGCCGCAUCACCUCUGGAGGGGCGGCGCCCCCGCGGACUCCUCGCACCUCGCGCCAGGGCGCCCGUGCUUGGAGGCCGCGGACGCCGCGCUCGAGGCGGGCGGCCUCUUCGCGGCCGAGGGCGCCUCCGACGCGCGCCGCAGCGGGGAGGGCAGGCCGCUCCCGGGCCUGCCGCCGCACGUGCCAGCCGGGGAGGCGGCGGGCCACGGCGGGAGCUCGCCCUCGAGGGCGGGGAGCCCGGCGCCCGCCCGGGCGGGGAGCAAGAAGCUGACGAUGCAGGCGGCCGGGCACGGCGGUGGCGCGCUGCUGAAGCACUACGGGAGCAGGGACGGUCUGGACUGCGAGGUCCCGAGCUUCGUCAUGAAGGCGUACGACGAGGUGGAGGCGUGCGCCUAUCGGGAGAUGGAGCAGAACGGCGACUCGUUACUGCGCUUCACACCGAAGUACUGCGGCGACUUCGAGCUGGACGAGCUCGUCGCAGGGGGGGACGGCAGUGCGGAGCUUUUGCCGCAGAGGCGCUACAUGAAGCUCUCCAACCUGCUGUCCGGCUUCCACCGCCGGCCACACGUGAUGGACUGCAAGAUCGGCUGCAGAAGCUUCAAGGAGUCUGAGAUUGCGAAGCAGGCGCUGCGAGGGGACCUCUACCAGAGGAUGGUGGGCUUGGACCCCUCGGCGCCCACACCCGAGGAGCAUCGGGUGCAGGCCUGCACGAAGCACCGGUGGAUGGAUUUCAAUGACAGCGCGACCACCCUGAGGAGCCUCGGCUUCCGCAUAGACGGCAUCGCGCACACCUCUGGCAAGGCGUCCGGCGCGGAGCUCCGGGGUCAGCGGACACUCCGCCAGGUGGCCCAGUGCAUCGUGAGGUACUUCCUACCAGCCGGGGGCUGCUGGGAGGACGAGGCGUCUGCCACGGCCGCCUCGCAGCUGCGGGUGAGGAUCGCCCGGGACCUCCUGGACCAGCUGAAGGAUUUGAGGACCACGGUGUCGUCGUCGCAGUUUGUGCGGACCCACUCGAUCGUCGGCUCCUCCCUGCUCUUCAUCGCCGACGCUGAGGGGCCUGGCUGUAGUGUUCACGUCAUCGACUUCGCCAAUGCGGUGCCUGUUCCCCCAGGGCAGAGCAUCGACCACCGUGGCCCCUGGAAGCCAGGGAAUCACGAGGACGGCAUCCUGACUGGCAUCGACAACUUGAUCCGCUGCUGGGAGGAGGUCGUGGUUUUUGCCGAAGAUGCUGCGAAGCAUGGGCGAAAGUGA